UUCUGCCCCCGCGACAGCAAGACCUCGCCGCUUUGCGACACCCGGGUUUCCUCCAUCAGGCGACAUCACCACCCACGAUGAAGUUGACAAAUCCGGGUCCUGUACCUGUAUACACCGUCGCGGGGCCCUCGACGGCGAGGCCGCUGCCAGACUGGCUCGCGCGCCGCAGGAAGAGAUCGUCGAAAUACGAUCCCGAAAACCUCAACAACUUCGAGCUACUACAGGAAUUCGAGUUUGAAGAAGCAAGCAACUGUGUCCGAGUCAGUGAAGAUGGCAAUUGGAUCAUGAGCACGGGGACAUACAAGCCCCAGUUUCAUGUUCACUCAACUCAAGAGCUCUCCCUGUCCUUCUCCCGCCACACAAAGUCCGAAAACACGACUUUCAUCUUCCUUAGCUCUGACUACACCAAGAGCGUGCACCUUCAGAACGACAGAUCGCUAGAGUUUCACACGCCGAUGGGAUGCCACUAUGAAGUUCGCUUACCACGCUUCGGCCGAGAUCUUGCCUAUCUGCGCCAGAGCACCGAAGUUCUGGUCCCGGCGGUUGGGUUGAGCGCGGACGGGUCUGGAUUCGGCGAAGUAUUCCGGUUGGACUUGGAGAGGGGCCAGUUUCUCCGCCCUUGGCAGGUUGAUGUCGGCGAAGACGAAGCUGGAAGCGGUUUACAAGGGAGCAUACAUGUGGGAGCCGUCAACGUAGCAGCGGUCGCAGAGAAGUCGCACGGUCUCUGUGCAUUUGGCACAUCGAUUAGCACCGUCGAAUUCUACGACCCUCGGACAAAAGGCAGGGUGGCAGUUCUUGGAGGUCACGACGGCGAAGUCACCGCUCUAGACUAUAGCGAUGAUGGCUUGUCGCUUGCUCUGGGGACAAGUACCGGCCAAAUCCGCAUCUUCGAUCUGAGAAACCCACGGCCGCUUAUGAAGAAGGACCAGGGCAUGGGGCUUCCGAUUAAGAACCUGAUCCAUCUGAAGACGCCUACCGAGGAGCGGAAGCUCCUUUCGGCCGACAAGCGGAUUAUCAAGAUCUGGGAUGAGCAGACUGGGGAUCUCUGGACAUCGGUAGAACCGCUGGUCGACCUCAAUUUCGUCACGCAUGUACCAGAUUCCGGCAUGAUUUUGACCGCGAACGAGGGCAAACAGAUGCACUGCUUCUUCAUUCCGAACCUGGGUCUCGCCCCGAGGUGGUGCCACUUCCUUGACAAUCUUGUUCACGAGAUGGAGAACGAGAAGCAGACCGAGACCUACGACAACUACAAGUUCCUUACCAAACCCGAGCUCAAGUCGCUCAGCCUGGAUCACCUCAUUGGGAAGACCAACCUGCUCCGGCCCUACAUGCACGGCUACUUUGUCGCUGCUAAGUUGUACGACCAGGCCCGUCUUAUUGCCAACCCGUACAUCUGGGAAGAGGAGCGGGCCAAGAGAGUCAAGGAGAAGAUCGAGAAAGAGCGUGCCAGCCGCAUCAGAGGCGUCAAGAAAGUCAAGGUCAAUCAGAAGCUGGCCGACAAGAUUCUGCAGCGGCAGGAGAAGAGGGCUAAGGUGGACCUUGAAGCCGGAAUUCUUGGCGACUCUCGUUUUGGCAAGCUCUUCGAAGACGAGGAGUUCAAAGUGGACGAAACGAGCCACGAGUUCCGAGCGCUCAACCCCAGCACCAAAGUGGAGGGCGCUCCGGAGCAGGAUGCCCGUUUUGCUACCGAUUCCAGUGACGAACAGAGCGAUUCCGAAGCUGAACGCAAGCCCAAGAAGCCGAAGAACGAUGUGGUUAUGCAAGUCUCGUUGUCGACGGCACGGGGCGGCAAGAUCAGGGACACGGCGAUUGGAGAACGGGAGCAGAAACAGACGCGUACAGCCAAGGUGCGGACUGGUGAUGUUGUUGGAGAACAACAAAUCACAUUCGUACCGGAACCCAAGAAGAAGAACAAGCCGCAACCAGCACCCGAGCCGAGCAAGCGCCAAGACAGGAGGAGCGCAAGCAACAACACCUUCCGCCGAUUAUAGACCCCUCUUUCGCCUCUUUGCACGCCCUAUGAUAUACAAAGAACAUCGCGAUAUCCCUUGGUUCAUUGUUCCUGUGAAACGACUCGAUGGCCGCGAGCGCAAAUCGUCUUUGGCCUCGUUUGCUUUUCAUCAAGGCUUCAGAGACAACCUC